UCGCAAAGCUUCACGACAAGAACCAACUCUCGACCCUCCUUCAACAACACAAAAGUGAACGCUGCGCUAAGCACUACAGCGCUGUUUUGCAACCGUGUACAUAAUAUCCAUAUCGACUCCGCAAUGGCGCCCAAGGCACAGAAAGACAAAUACUCCAUCCUCCUACCUACCUACAAUGAGAGGCGCAACCUUCCGAUCAUCACAUGGCUGUUGAACCGCACCUUCACCGAGCUCGAUCUCGAUUGGGAACUCAUUAUUGUCGACGAUGGCAGCCCAGACGGCACCCAGGUCGUUGCCAAACAGCUUGCCAAAGUAUACGCACCACACGUCCACCUACAUGCGCGCGCUGGCAAGCUAGGCCUAGGCACGGCAUACGUCCACGGCAUGCAAUUCGCAACCGGAAACUUCGUCAUCAUCAUGGACGCCGAUUUCUCGCACCACCCAAAAUUCAUCUCCGAGAUGAUCGCGAAGCAGAAGUCGAUCUCGACGAACAGUGGAUACGAUAUCGUUACCGGCACAAGAUAUGCAGGGAAUGGCGGCGUGUACGGCUGGGACUUGAAGAGGAAGCUGGUCUCGAGAGGAGCGAACCUGUUUGCGGAUACUGUUCUCAGGCCGGGUGUGAGCGAUUUGACGGGCAGUUUCAGACUGUACAAGAAAAAGGUGCUUGAGAAGGUCAUUCUGAGCACUGAGAGCAAGGGGUAUACUUUCCAGAUGGAGAUGAUGGUCAGGGCAAAGGCGAUGGGAUGCACUGUUGCGGAAGUGCCGAUCAGUUUUGUGGAUCGAGUAUACGGAGAGAGCAAGCUGGGAUCAUCAGAGAUCGCCGAGUAUGCGAUGGGGGUAUUUGCCUUGUGGUUGAAGGUCUGAAGGGAUGUAUAUGGGAGUUUGGGAGGGGGUUCACUAUACUAAUAUAUGUCAUGUAGUCAACUGUAACCGUUACAAAAUACAAUUUUCUGUAUAAUUGCUGGGUGUGAUCAAUUACAUUAGCAG